ACGACCUAAUUUUCCCUCUUGUUUGACAUUUUCGCCGGGAAAGAAUCAAACUCAGAUUUUCUGGCGGUCGAAAUUCGAAUUCUAAGGAAGACACCAAAAAUGGAGCUGCUCAAGCUGUCAAAAUUCAAAUUGCAGCUUCAUUCAAUGAUCGGAGAAGUGCGAGACCUACGUGAAAGGGAGCGACUAGUCACAGAUCAGAUCAAUCUUCUGAAUCAGAAACAGAAGCAAACGGAGGAGGAACACAGCAGGAAAGUGCAGGAGCUGCAAGCCGAGCUAGCAUCUUCUAGAGAAACACAGGAGGCACUCGAGAGGAAGGUGAGUUACCUUCAGAACGACUAUAGUUUGCUGGAAAAUAAACAGAAUGAAUUGAAGACUACUAUCCAAAACCUGCUUCAGUCACGAGAAAGUUUCUUAAAUGCUUAUCAGGAGUCGUUUUGUGAAAUGAAAUGUUCAAUUGAAGCCAGGGAUAGGAAGAUUGCCAUUUUAAACGACAAGAUAGCCUCUCAUCUUACAUUGUUUGAUUCAAUUGAGAAAGAGGCAUCAACAAUCAAAAAGGUUAUACACGAAGUUCAGGGCCUUGUGGAUCAGAAAGAAGAUGUAGUGAGUGGCUUGAAAGAGAAAAUGGACCAUGUCUCUACAUAUGAAAAAGUGUUUAUAGAGAAAAUUAGAAGUUUAGAAGAGAACAUUGAAUAUCAUGAAACGGAAAUACAGAGGAAGGACACUAUAAUAUCACAGCUUUCGGCUCAGCUGGAAGCAGAAAAUAUUAAAAGUGAAUGUCAACAUCAGAUCGAAGAGCUUCAGAAAACUUUGCAGGUUAAAGAUUUAGUUGUAGAGAACGUGAUUUCUGAAAAAGAGGCAUUGCAUUCUGAAGUGAAGAGUUUGGAGAUGAUUUUACAGCGGAUUCAGGAGUCUGUAUCCCUUAUGAAUGGAGAGGACAGAAGGGUGUUCACAUCAAUACUGACAUUCGAACAAUGUGCCGAUGAGAGUAACAAAAGAUCCAGGCACAAUGACUCAGUUGACAAAAUGGAGGAACUUUUAUGCGAAGCUCCUAUUAUGCAUUCUCAAGAAAACUCAGUAAAAGUUAUUCCGUCAGCGUCUCCCAGGUGUCAGCACCAAAACACAGACUGCAGAUCGAUACAAGAUGAUGAUCAUCAACUGGAUUCAGCUGAGUGCCUUCAGCAUAACCCUGUCAGUGGCAAUUGGCAGAGUAAUAAUAACCACAACCACUUUGAGUUUGAGUCUUUUGCAGGACAAGUGCAAAGAGUUGAUGAACCAGCCUGAUUCAGAGUGCUCAACGAAUCGUAUAUAAAGAUUACUUGCAGGAGUUGAAGAACCGACGACGUUGGUUCACUAAAUAUGACCGUAAUGCCUUGUAGGCUUUUGUUUGUUUAUGUCGUAAUCGUGUUUGUUCAAACUCUCAAGUUAUAAUUAUGAAAAGAAUAGAAACCCCAUGAUUGUCUAGA